AUGAGUGAUUGGAAAUAAUAUGUCUAACUUUUAUCUAAAUAGGUUUUAACUUAAUUAGAGACAGAGCUUUUUAAUAUUGGUUUCUGCGAUAUAUAAUAUAUGUAUGAAUCUAAUUAUCAUUUAUACUUAAAAGCAUAUUGUAGCCUAUAAUAGAUAAAUACUGGCUUAAAAAUAUCAAGAGAAACUUUAUAAAAGGCUGAGCAAAUUCAUAGAGAGUGGGAGGUAGUUUAUGGUUCAAAUAAAAAAAAUAUUUUUGAAAAGUGUUAAAAAAAUUAUGUGAAUCAAAUCUAUAAUGUUCAUUAUAUUACAAGCAUUAAGUGUUGUGUGGUUGUUCAAGAAUUAUUUUCUUACACAUUAGAAUAAGAAAUAUAAAUGCUCAGACAAAAAAAUGAGUGGUUUUCAAUAGAAUAAAUGUGUUAAAUAAUUAUUCAACUGUGCAUUGGUUUAACACAAAUCCAUCAGUAAAAGCUUAUUCACUGUGAUAUCAAACCUGAAAAUGUGGUUAAAACUUUGGAUGGAAAUUAUAAGUUGGCUAACUUAGGGUUCUCAAAGCUAAAUCAAAAGUAUUAAGAAUAUAAAAUAUAUUAUUUAGCUUUCUCUUAAAACUAUAUAUCACCAGAAAUAUCAUAUAAAAUAGAGAAAGACCAAUCUAUUAAAAUUACUCAUAAGACUGAUAUUUAUUCGCUCUGUUUGGUAAUAUUAGAAGUUCUUAAUUUUAACUUAUCAAAGUUCAAUGCAUUAAACAUUUUAUUAAAUGACUUUUAAUAAUCUUCUACUUUUUCAAAUUCUUCUAUCGAAGAAUGUUAAAAAUCCUUUGAGUUCGAUGAUGUUUACGAUUUAUUUUGUAAAAAAUGUUUCAAUUAAGACCCUCAUAAGAGAUGCGACUCUUAUGAAAUAUUGCUUAAUUUACUACCUUUACUACCACUAACUAUCAAUAAUCAAAUAUUUUUAUAAAAUUAUGUUAGUAAUUAGUUAAGAGAAGAUCCUUAUCAAAAUGCUAACAACAUUUCUUAUGCUUUACAUAAUAAAUUGUAUAAUUCAUUAAUACUAAUCUUCUUAAGUGAAUAGCAAGAUAUUUAAGCACAUGGUAAAAUGAAUUUAUACUAAAAUAGUGCUAAAAAUUAUCUUGAAGUUGGCUAACUAAGUGAAUCAUUAGAUUUAUUUUUGAAAGCACUAGAUAUUGCAGAAUAAGAAUCAACUGAAAGAUAAGAGUAAGCUUAGAUUUUAGAGUAGAUAAGUUUGGUGUACAAUAGAUAAGGAAACUAUGAAUUAGGAUAUUAAUAUGCUUAAAGCAGCUUGAAUUUGAUACAAUCUAUAUAUAACAAUAGUAACCAUGAGUUGAUUGCUUAAAGUUUACACAGAAUGAGCACAUCUUACCAAUUACUAAACAAUUCAGAAAAAUCCUUCUAUUAUGCAGAAAAGGCUCUUUAAAUGAGAUAAAUAAUUUAUGGAAAAGCAAAAAAUGAAUAGCUAGCUGAUUCUUUAGAUUAAAUGAGUAACUCUUAUUAUUUAACAGGUGAUUUCAACUCUGCUUUACAAUUUUGUAUAUAGUCUUUAGAGAUUAUCCAAUAAAUUUAUAAAAGUCCUCAUCCAAAGAUAUAGUUGUCUCUUAACAAUUUAGCUUGCAUUUAUUACUAACAAAAUAAUUUUGAAAGUUCAGCAAAAUUCUUUUAUUAAGGGUUAGAAAUGGCAUUAUAAUUAUAUGGCUUUUUCCAUCCAUUAGUUUAAAAAAUAACUGAAAAUUUUGUUUAUGUACUAAAUUUAUUGAAAGACUAAUAGCAAAUAGACAAAUAUAAAAACGAUCUAAUUAGAAUUUAAAAUGCAUUUGAUUUAGAAAACUUUUGA